CCGCUUCGUUCGUUCCAUCGACACAUCCACCGAGACACUGCUCGUCCCUGCCGACGAACGACCACCGGCGCGGUCUUUGUUCUUGUCUGUGUGUGGUUGUGUGCGUGGUUGCGUGUGUAGUUGCGUGUGUAGUUGUGUGCGUGGUUGUGGGCCCGGUGCGCCUGCGCUUGGAUGGAAGGCCGCCCCGGAGAAAAGGACCGCAACCUCCUCCUCCUCCUGCGCCGUGCCGAGCGGUGCUUCCUGGGGGGCCAGCACGGCGCCGCGCUGUCCCUCGCCUCGGAAUGCCUCGGCGCGCGCCGCCGGGAAUCCGGGUCCCCGCCCUUGUCCGUGGUCGGGCCGAUCGAGACGGGGAUCGAUAUGGAGACGGAGAUGGAGACAGGGACCAGGACGGAGACCGAGACGGAGACCAGGACCGAGGGCCACCGCGGCCACCGCGGCCACCGCGCCCCCCUCUGCCGCACCUUUUCCACGCUAGCCUUUUCCGUGGCCACCAUCGGCACGCCAUCGACGCCGGUCGACCGGUUGGCCGCCAUUGGCCUCCAGAGCUGGCACGAGCUCUGCGGGGACCACCUGAACGAGCACCCUAACGAGCACCUGAACGAGCACCCUAACGAGAACCCUAACGAGCACCCUAACGAGAACCUCAACGAGCACCGCCACCGGGCCCUGCUGGAACCGAUCCUCGGCCUCUUCCACCACGGCGGCGACGGAUCCGGCGGCCACCACGCCCUCUCCCCCGAGCUCUUCGCGUCGGUCUGGGUCCCCUUUUGGGAGUCCCACGGGCGGGCCACCGAAGCGGUUCUGUGGACGGUCCGGGUCCUGGGGGAGUGGUCCCGGUCCCCCGGACCCGGCUCGGAAAGCUUCCGCCCCUUUGGGGUGUUGUGGGAGAGGUGCGUCUGCGUGCAGCUCCCGGAGGGGCUCUUCGGGGGGUCCGCCGGGUUGGCGAAGGCCGUCCUCGAGGCGAUCACGCCCCCCGGAGGAACCACCGGCCGGGAAACGGGGGCCCUCGACCGGGUGCUGGCCGAUCUGGAAGCGAGCCUCCGGGGCGGCGGCGACCAUUGCGGCGACCCUUGCGGCGCACGGGACGGCCCGGCGAUCGAUGGCCUUGCCGAUGGCCUCGGCGCCGUCCUCCGCGACACCGCCCGAGCCAGCGCCAUUGCCGGUUUCGUCCCGGGGGAGGCCCUCGAGCGGGCCCUGGACCGCCUGGUCCGGCGCAAGACGCCAGGGGAGCCGCGGAAGGGACCCCCCCAAGCAAAGCCCCAAGCAAAGCCCCAAGCAAAGCCCCCGUUCCCCCCCCUCUCGCGGAAGGGGGGCCUCCCGGGCGCGCUGGCGGCCUGGCGCGUCCGCCUGCUGGGGGAUGGCCCCGAACGGAAGGCCCGCCUCCGCCGCCUCCUCUUCCUCUGGGCGGUGGUCGCGGCGGUGCGGUGGAAGCAAACCGGCCGGGCCCGCCGGGCGAGGAAACCGUAAUUCGAUUCGAUUCGAUUCGAUUCGAUUCGAUUCAAUUCGAUCGCGUUGCAUCGCAUCCCAUCCAGCCACCACCCUUUGGUGCCUCCGCGUCCUUUCCCGUCACCCUGUGCCUUUCGCUGUGGUCUCGGAUGGAUGCCCGCGGAGGCCACAAAGGAUUGCUGCGUGGAUUCCAUUCCAUGCGCGCGCACCCAAACACACACCGGUACGCAACGCAACGCAACGGGUCGCCGUCGGGGCAACCGGGAGCCUUCUUUCCUUCUCCACCCGCAAUGGUUCUCGCCGAAGGGUUCCCGCUUCCCGCUUCCCUCCCAGCGCACGAGAUGAUCUACCACAGCACAGUACCGUACUACAGUACAUACAUAAAAAACAUAGAGUUUC